UUUUAAAUCGCGGGUUUCGGUCCGCGGUGAUGGGGUCCCCAAAGUUGGGCAGGGACCUGGGUGGUAGUCCCGUUCCAUGAAAACGAUCCUGGUGGGUCAGAGUUGGGUCGUUUUCUCUCUGCACCCCUUGUUGACCUCACCCCCUACCGCGUUGCAUAGGGGCGCGCCCGCGUGUGUGCGCGCGCGCGGGGUGGAUCGGGGGUCGCAACUGCGCUCCCCCUCUAGCGGAAGGAAAUGGUCUCUAGGCGCGCGCUGGGGGCUGCGCUCUGGGUGCUUAGUUCAUUUUUUUUCUCCCCGGAAUCUGGUGUUUUAUUCUGGAGUUGUGAGGGGAGUGGGAGCCCCAGUGGGGAGGGCAAUUCCCUAGUGACCCUACCCUGCCUGGACAGUUUAUUUAUAAAGUGUCGGCCCCGGGCAGAAAGGGCCCCCUGGAGGGGACAACGCGGUGCCCGCACUCGGGGGUGGGUUCGGCCAGGGACCUGGCUCUCUGGUGGAGAUCCCCGGGGAAAGCCCCCUCCCCCGUUCAGUGCCCCCCAGACACAAAGCGGGCUCAGGAAGCGCGAGGAGCGCGCGUUUGUCAAUUCCAACGUUUGGUGUCUGACCCCGGGCUGCGCGUUUGUCAAUAAUCUUCCGUUUUUCAGUCUCCCGGACCGAGGGUUUGCCCCCCCCCCCCCAUGCAAAUCGGCCGCUUUCCAAGAAGCGUUUGAAACCGGGACUGGGGUUUUUGUCGUCUUAUUUCUUCUUCAGUGUUUUUCUCACUUCCUCCAGGCCGCCCCCUCCCCACCCUCCUAGCCCCCUGCCCAGCUUGCUGCCCCACCCUCCCCCUCCUCUUCCCUCUGUGGAGUGAGGGCCCCCUUUCGCCACCCGCGGGCCCCAGCCUUGCACAACUCUUUAAAUAACUGUGUUUUGCAAGGCCCUGGCCGGGCCUGAGCGGGUGACCUCUCUCUCCCAGAGGCAUUAGGGGGAGGGCGUGGCCCGAUCCCUCCUCACCACCCCCCAGCCAGGUCUUAACGACCACCCAGCACCCCCCACCCUGCGAGGUUCCUGCCUGGGAAUGUCUUUCCCAUGGGACUGUCAUAAAGUGGGAGUAGGGGCCGAGGACAAAGGGCUCUUGGGGGGAGGGGUGGGGGUGGGUGCUACCAGUUCAGGGUUAAUGGCAGCCUUGAGAGGGCCCAGGCCCAACCCAAGGGGGCUCCUGGGUUCCCACCUGCCCCCUCCAGACCCAGCCCGGAGGCCUGCCCUUCUCCCCUCCCCCACCGCCUGACCCGGAAGGGUCAUUAAACCCAGCAGGCCAGGCAGGGGCAGCGUUGGGGGGGAGUAGCUUCCUCUGGCCUUUUCCUUAUGCCCCCCAAAGUGGUGGAAGGCAUUGCCUGGAGUGUUUCCGUGGGAGGGGGCUUGUCUUGAGGUUGUCAAAGGUGAGCGAGGGGCUGUGGCCCCUAGACACUGGGUGAAUGGGUGAAAAAUGUCUUCUCAGCACUUCUUGGAGCUGGUGGGGGAUGACCAUCAGUACGGGGAAGAAGGGGAUGGGUGUUGCUUUGCUGUGCUGGUCACUCUCCAGCACUGUGGCCUCUAAUAGGGCCUUUGUGCCCAGAGACCCCUGCUGGAUACUGAGGUCCUUCAAGGGAUGUCCCUUCCCACUUUUUACCCAUUGCCCUUUUACCCAAGGAGCCCCAGGGGGCCUGGAGGAGGUGGAAGUCCACUGGUUUCAUUGUGCCUCUGUAGGGUCCCUCCCAAGACUGAAGUUGGGGAGGACUACACUGCAAGUCUCCUUGGUGGGGUCAGGUUCCUGUUAGCAGGUCACCAUAGUGGUGACCUCGGGUCAGCUAGAACCAGGAGCCUUGGCCCCUCAGACCCACUGGCCCCUCCUGUGUGAGACCCUUCUGCCCCAGGAGCAGGUUAAGAGCCUUUGGGGGUUCAUUUGCUGUGUUCGGGGCCGCCUCCAGGACCCCCCUGCCCUCCCCACUGUCUCUGUGGUAUCUAGGGUGUCACCACCAGGCCUGUUGAGUUCUGCCCAUUUGUUUUAUUGGUCGCUUGGGUAGGUGUGGGUGUGGCCUGAGCUUGAGUGGAGGCUGGGGUGAGACCUGAAUCCUCCUGCCCUGGUGGAGCCUGCCUGUGCCAGGUCCCUCUCCAAGGCCACUGGAGGCCCUGGCAGUUAAGGUUUCUGCAAACACACUAAUGAGCUGGACACCAGCUACCGCCUCUCCGUGCCCAGAGUGAGAAGGAGGUGCCACCUGUUGGCAUGCCCCACCAGCCUUCAGUCUGAGCCAAGCGGCCCCUGCCCCCCGCCACCCUGCACUGUCCCAGCUCCCCCGCGGCCCCCACACUGCAGUGCGGCCGGGCCCCCUCCCCGAAGGGGCCACCCCUGCCACCCACCCCUGGUGCCCGGGGUGGCCCAGCCCGGAGGGCCAUGAAGCUACAGGCUGUGAUGGAGACACUCCUGCAGCGGCAGCAGCGAGCACGCCAGGAGCUGGAGUCCCGGCAGCCGCUGCUGGCUGAGACCCCUGCUGGCCCCCCAGCCCUCUCCAGGGCUGCCUUGGACGAGGACAGAGACCCCGAGAACACCCGGAUGCAGCAGGCACAGAUGGCCGCGCUGGCUGCCAUGCGGGCUGCUGCUGCAGGCCUUGGACCUGCACCCAGUCCCUGUGGCUCUGAGGACGGGCCCCCUGGCUCGGAGGAGGAAGACACUGCUCAGGAGGGGGAACCAACCUCACCAGGUCGAGGCAGGGAGGCGCCAGGACAUGCCGAAGGCGACGGGCACUUUGAGGAUGUGGGCUCUGAUGAUGGCCUGAAGCCGAAAUGGGAAGAGGAGGAAGAGGAGGAGGAAGAGCUGGAGGAAGACUUGGGGGAGGAGGACGAGGAAGAGGAUGAGGAAGACUAUGAAGACGAGGAGGGGCUCGGGCCCCCGAGCUCUUCUGGCCUGGGUUCUGCAGCCCUGUUCCCCCGCAAGGCCCCGCUGCCCCAGGCCUUCCGUGGUGGUGACGGUGGGCCCCGGGUGCUGGGCAGCCAGGAGCGCCCAGGGGCCGGCCCAGCCCACCCCGGAGGAGCUGCCCAUGUCACACCCCAGCUACAGCCUCCUGACCACGGGGACUGGACAUACGAGGAGCAGUUCAAGCAGCUCUACGAACUGGAUGGGGACCCCAAGAGGAAGGAGUUCCUGGAUGACUUAUUCAGCUUCAUGCAAAAGCGAGGGACACCUGUGAACCGGAUCCCCAUCAUGGCCAAGCAGGUGCUUGACUUGUUUAUGCUGUACGUGCUGGUGACGGAGAAGGGUGGCCUGGUGGAGGUCAUCAAUAAGAAGCUGUGGCGUGAGAUCACCAAGGGCCUCAACCUGCCCACAUCCAUUACCAGUGCCGCCUUCACCCUGCGGACCCAGUACAUGAAGUACCUGUACCCCUAUGAGUGUGAGAAACGUGGGCUCAGCAACCCCAAUGAGCUCCAGGCGGCCAUUGACAGCAACCGGCGGGAGGGCCGGCGCCAGAGCUUCGGGAGCUCCCUCUUCGCCUACUCACCAGGAGGUGCCCAUAGCAUGCUCUCCUCGCCCAAACUGCCUGUGUCCUCCCUGGGCCUGGCCACCAGCACCAACGGCAGCUCCAUCACCCCCGCCCCCAAGAUCAAGAAAGAGGAGGAUUCAGCCAUCCCCAUCACGGUCCCUGGCCGCCUGCCAGUCUCCCUGGCAGGCCACCCCGUGGUGGCAGCCCAGGCAGUAGCAGUGCAAGCAGCAGCAGCCCAGGCAGCUGUGGCAGCACAGGCAGCCGCCCUGGAGCAACUUCGGGAGAAACUGGAGUCUGGGGAGCCUCCAGAAAAGAAGAUGGCACUGGUGGCAGAUGAGCAGCAACGGCUCAUGCAGCGAGCGCUACAGCAGAACUUCCUGGCCAUGACAGCCCAACUGCCCAUGAGCAUUCGUAUCAACAGCCAAGCCUCUGAGAGCCGCCAGGAUUCAGCUGCAAACUUGACCAGCACCAAUGGCAGCAAUAGCAUAAGCAUGUCAGUGGAAAUUAACGGGAUUAUGUACACAGGAGUGCUGUUUGCUCAGCCACCAGCCCCCACACCACCCUCAGCUCCCAGCAAAAGCAGUGGUGGCAGCAGCCGCGGAGGAAACAGUGGGACCAGCAGCAGUGUGGGCAGCCAGGCUGGGCCAGCGGGGUUACCCACACCCCCCACGUCUUCUACCUCAAAUAAUUCAUUGCCUUAACCGCACCACUCCCCACCCGAUGCCCCCACCCUGGGAGCCGGUCACACUGGGCAGGGGCCAAAAGGUGGGCCAAGCAGGGCCGGGGUGGUGGGAGAUACGGGUGGGGAGGGGAGAUAUCCACAAAGGAGCCACAGCUAACGCCAAAAAUAGAAGAAAAAAUAUAUAUAUACAUAUAUAUAAAGAAAAUUUAAUAAAACAGGGGAAAACCAAGGAACACUUGAAUUACUCAGGUUUCAGACAUUCAGAGAAAUGAAUUGUGAGACGAGCAAAGGAAAGUAGGAAAGGAAGUUCCCAGGGCUCACCUGCAGCGUGGUGGACCGACUUGGACUGGUCUCUGGUUUGGACCAGGUCCUGUUUACCUCAUACAUCCCUGCACUGUGUGUUUUCAUUUUUGUCUGGUUGUUUUCCUUUUUUUUUUUUUCCUGUUCAUCACACACUCACUCUCCACACCCAGCUCCUUGUUUUGAAUGAAACCCCUGAGCCAAGAUCAGUUAAAUUUUUUUCUUGUUGUUUUGGGGAACUUUUUUUUUUUUUUAAAGAAAUAGUGAUAUUCAAGCUUUAUAGGGUUUUUAAGAGGUUUGGGGGGUUUUGUUUUGUAAAUAUUCUAUUUUAUUCUUGGGGGAGGAAUCAAACCUUAGGAAAAGGAUAUAUAUCUCUAUAUAUUUGUGUUCAUUCAGGGAAACUGGACUUAAAAGAAGCAAAAAAAAAAAAAGUAAUAUCCUUUUGAUUUUUCCCAUGACUGAUUUGGGUUCCCGUGUCAUUUCCUGUGGUGCAGUAGGCAGCUGGGGAGUGCAGGACACUGCGCCCUGGGCUAGAGCCAGAAAAGGCAAUGAACUCAGGUGCUGAGCACCGGGCUGGGGCUGGGGGUGCCGUGGGGAGCACUCGGAUGCUGAAUGGCAAACCAAGACUCUAGAUGCUUUCUCUCACUGUGCCACACUGUGCUCCCAGUCAGGGACCUGGAAGUCAACUAGAAAGGAGAUAGUGCUGGAAAAUGGGCCAGGGCCUUGGGGAGGGUGUGUCUGUCAUAGCUCCCAGGCUCCUGUCUCAGGGAUGAAUAUGGCCUGGGGACACUCUCUUGCCUGAAAGGGCUGCUUUUGAAGACCUAUCUAUAUUGAUAUUUGGAGACUGGUGUGAGCCAGGCUUAGCUCAGGGUGAGGUUUUUGGGGCCUUGUCAUCCUGAACAUCCCACCCCUUCUCAUCUUCUUCACUUAGUCCCUUUGUUUUCUCUUGGCCCCUUGUAAGGCCACAUUCCCACUGCAAUUAAAGGAACUAAAUAGAGGCCCAUGAGGAGGCUGCACUCACUCCAUGACCCCUUCCCCCAGGUUAGAAAGUGGGCAUCGGAGACAGUUGGGCUGAGGAAUUUAUUUCAGUGGCUGGUGAUGGUCUUUUCUACAAGGUAGCACCUUCUGUCCCAAGGCCCAGGUGGGGUGUGGGGACUUGCUUAGCCACCCAAACCCUUGCUGGGUCCCUGGGAACCAGGGACUGUUCCUCCUACACCUUAGCACGCUUUCCCUUCAUGCACUGAGUUUGCUCUAAUUGGGCCCAGGGAGCCUGACUUAAUGAGGCCAAAAAGGGAAGCGCCCCGCCUGGCAGCCUCCCAGAUCCCCAGAUCCCAGACCCAGUGAUCCAUGACCUGGCGCCAUCUUAUUGCCUUGGAGACCUUGCAGAGGGGAGCAUCCAGGUCCCAUCCUCGCCCCAUGUCUGGGUUUGCUUGGGUAUGGUGCUAUGGUGUCUUUGGGGAGAACCCCUUUCUUUGGUAUAUCUCAGGGUUGUUGACACCACCCACCUUCCAAAAUGGGGUGGCAGUGGGCAUCUGGGGUUUCCUCUCUGUUUUUCCUUCUGGAAGGUUCUCCUCCCCAAUUCUCACUGUAGCAGCACAACCCCUGUGGGAGGAGGAUCUUCUUGUCCCCAGAGCUGUGGACCGGAUGUUCCUUCUCCCUUCUUCCACUACCAGGCCCUCCCGGAGCCACAGCCUUCUGGUGGGUGGGGCCCACAUGGGGGUGUCUGCUGCCUGGUUAUUUCUACCUCAGGUCUGACUCUUGAUGCCAAAGCCCCUCCUCAGCCUGACCCCUUUAUCUGGCUCAGAGUUUUAACAAGUACCAAUACCCAAUACCUGUCCCUCCUACCCAUGUUGUGGGCGCCUCCAACUGAGAGCCUACCUGGGUGCUCUCUUUGGUCCUGUGUGUGUGUGUCUCACAUCUCUGUGUGUUGGGGGACCCGGGUGUCAUGUCCUGUAGGCGAUGUGGCCCACGGAUCUAACUCAGGGCAUGCUUGCUGCUCAGGCAGGGGUCGGGGAUUGUAGGGGUCGGGGAGACAGCGCCAUGGGCCGGGGGAAGGGAUGGAAAGGCGCGGAGGAGCUCCAGGUUGGGAUGGAGUUGCAGCCUCUGCCUCGAGUGAGUCCCCAUUUACCCUCUGCCACUCCCAGCUCAGGGCAACCCCUGUUGGUGGGCGUUCUAGGGUGCAGCUCAGCACCCCAUUAUGCAAACUGGGGUGGGGACGGGGCAGCCGUCUCUCUCAGCAGCUUGCCUGUGAACUGUUCAUUCUGGAAUGGGUGGGGCUUAGCUGCCUGGUGCAGGCAGGGACCCCCAAGCUCAAGCUCAAGAGGGGCUCAGGGGCUUCCCCUGCUCUAGAGAUGUUUGUGACAGCUGCUUCUAGAAUCUUCCUUGUGACCCCUAAACUGGCUGCAGCACUGUCCACUGUUGUGCAAGGGGCAGAGCAGAGGUGUUGGGGCAGCUGAGCUAGUUUUUAAUAGUUGUGCAUUUGUACAGUCACUUUUUUUGCUUUUGUCAUUUUUGCCCACUUCUAUCAUUUUUUUCUUCCCCUUAAUUUUACUUUUUUACUUUUGCUUUUUUUUUUUUUUUUGCGAACACGAAUGAAUUCAGCCUUUCAUUCCUGACAUGUGAAAUUUCAGUUUCUCUGGGGUUUGUCUGAUGGCGCGGGGACCGUGCCCAAACUCAGGUUAAAGGAAAAAAACUUAAAAAAGGUAUAAACUACUCUACCUCUGGCCGGGCCUGGCCUGUCACCCCGGCUGGUGGGGCAGCCGGUAAGGAUUUCAGUUUUGCAGAACAUUCAGGUAUUAAGGGGAGGGGGGGAGGGGGGGGCAAAAGACCAAAAAAAGGGAGGGAGGCGUGAUUUUGAAAUUUAAAAGAACACUGAAAGUUUACAUUUUAUAACAUUAUUAUGCAGAUUGUAUUUAAAUUUCAGAAAUAUUUAAGACAAUUGUAACCCUGUAAAGCUGAUGAUAUUAAAACAAGACAAAACACU